UGGGCGGGGGCAGCGGCGGCGCGGCGCGGGGCGGGCGUGCUCUCGGCGGAGAGUUAGAGGAGUUGCCGAGCUGGGUUCUGGUGGCAGCGGGGCGCGGAGCUGGGUGCGCGCCGAGCCUCUGCCUCCAGCCGCCUCCUCGCCCUCCAUUCCUCUCUCCCCGCCUUCCCCGGGCCUUGCCGCUGCCGCCGCCUCCCUGGGAACGGUAGCCGGGGGCGAGGGGCUGGCGCGGCCGGAGCGGGCGGGGAGGCGCGGGGCGCCGGGGCGUAGAGGGGAGCGCGCCCGGCCCUGCCCGGGAUCAGAUAACAGCCGGCGGGGGAGGGGGUGGGCCGGCCGCGCUCACAGCCGGACUGAGGGACCGACGCCAGCCGCGCCGGCCAGAGCGAGCGCCCCGCGGCCGGGGGCGCCGUCCAGGCGCGCGCCCCCGACCCGUGGCUGAACUGGGCAGAUCGGCGCCCCAGACCCACGCGCCCCUCGGGAUGGAGCGCCCCCGGGGGCUGCCCUGAGGCGGCGGCGGCGAUGCAGCCAGCGCGGUGGCGGCCGGGGCCAGGAACGGCCGCCCGGAGCUCGGAGGACGCUGAGCGCGCUGCGCCCGGGGCACUGACCGAGGGUCCUGCAGCGACUGAUUCCUCUCCAGCUGGGGCCUGGGAAAUGGCAGCUGCUGCUGACACAGCCUUGAAGACAGCCGCUUGCCUGCUCAGCACCGUGACUUAGAAGAUAGGAAUCAAGAGAUCUGUGGCCGGCAGAGAAGUGGGCUCAAGAGACAACAGGGCUGGGGACAGCUUCUCCGUCUCCCAGAGGUGUCUGGGUCUGCGCACUGCACCGUCCCCUUCUCUGCCUGCUGGACUUGCCUCGCUACCCACCUUCAGUGUCGAAGUCAUCUCGUCUAGCUAAGGACUCGAGCUGCUCAGAGCCCCUGUUGGAGCAGCCAUGACCCGCUGGACGUCCCUCCCGGCAUCCAGGCCACAUAAACCUGCCCCCUGCGGUCCAGUGGCCUGCCGCCAGCAUCUAAGUGCCCGGGCCCUGGCCUCCUCAGCCUGGAGGGCCCAGGAAUCUGGGGUCGAGCCAUCUUCUCGGCGCAGUACCCGGGGUCCCCACCACCCCCGGCUCCCUGCCUCCUGGCCCAGGCAGAAGCAGCAUCCACCAUCACAGUCCCAGGCCUCAGCUCCUCAGACCUAUGGAGCCGCUCCCCGUGGAGCCAGCCCGGGGGCGAGCCAGGGCCCCCCCAUCCCCGGGAUGACCUCGGCUGGCAGGGCCAACCCCUACAGUAUCGUGUCAUCAGAGGAGGACGGGCUGCACCUGGUCACCAUGUCAGGGGCCAACGGCUUCGGCAACGGCAAGGUGCACACGCGGCGCCGGUGCCGGAACCGCUUCGUCAAGAAGAACGGCCAGUGCAACAUCGAGUUCGCCAACAUGGAUGAGAAGUCGCAGCGCUACCUCGCUGACAUGUUCACCACCUGCGUGGACAUCCGCUGGCGCUACAUGCUGCUCAUCUUCUCGCUGGCCUUCCUCGCCUCCUGGCUCCUGUUCGGCGUCAUCUUUUGGGUCAUCGCCGUGGCGCACGGCGACCUGGAGCCGGCCGAGGGCCGUGGCCGCACGCCCUGCGUGAUGCAGGUGCACGGCUUCAUGGCAGCCUUCCUCUUCUCCAUCGAGACGCAGACUACCAUCGGCUACGGGCUGCGCUGUGUGACGGAGGAGUGCCCAGUGGCCGUGUUCAUGGUGGUGGCGCAGUCCAUCGUGGGCUGCAUCAUCGACUCCUUCAUGAUCGGCGCCAUCAUGGCCAAGAUGGCUCGGCCCAAGAAGCGGGCGCAGACGCUGCUGUUCAGCCACAAUGCGGUGGUGGCCCUGCGCGACGGCAAGCUCUGCCUCAUGUGGCGCGUGGGCAACCUGCGCAAGAGCCACAUCGUGGAGGCGCAUGUGCGGGCCCAGCUCAUCAAGCCGCGGGUCACCGAGGAGGGCGAGUACAUCCCGCUGGACCAGAUCGACAUCGACGUUGGCUUCGACAAGGGCCUCGAUCGCAUCUUCCUCGUGUCUCCCAUCACCAUCCUGCAUGAGAUUGACGAGGCCAGCCCGCUGUUUGGCAUCAGCCGGCAGGACUUGGAGACGGAUGACUUCGAAAUCGUGGUCAUCCUGGAGGGCAUGGUGGAGGCCACGGCCAUGACCACGCAGGCCCGCAGCUCCUACCUGGCCAACGAGAUCCUGUGGGGCCACCGUUUCGAGCCUGUCCUCUUCGAGGAGAAGAACCAGUACAAGAUCGACUACUCCCACUUCCAUAAGACCUACGAGGUGCCCUCCACACCCCGCUGCAGCGCCAAGGACCUGGUGGAGAACAAAUUCCUGCUGCCCAGUGCCAACUCCUUCUGUUACGAGAACGAGCUGGCUUUCCUGAGCCGCGAUGAGGAAGACGAAGCAGAUGGAGACCAGGAUGGCCGCAGCCCCCAGGCCCGGCAUGACUUUGACAGACCUCAGGCCGGUGGUGGCGGCCUCGAGCAGCGGCCUUACAGACGGGAGUCAGAGAUCUGAGCCACCAUGGGCCAAGGUGCAGCAUCCGCCCCGCCAGGGAAAGGCCCGGUGUCCCUCCAGGGCCCUGGGUUUGAGCAGAACGGGCCAGGUGCCCCGGUUGCAGACUCAGUAGCGUUUUAGAUGUUUUAUGUUUCUUCGCAGUGGCCUGGGAAGGUUGGCGGGAGAAUGGGCGACCGAAGUGGGCCGCCGCAGGCCUCAGAGGCCGGAGCAGGUGCAGGGAGGUAGCCUCUUGGGGUCCAGGCCAGGAUCCAGGGGCUUCUGUCUGAGGCUAGAACUGCGGCCUGCCUGGUGGUGGCUCAGUGGCCAUCCAGCCUCUGUGGGUGAAGGCUGGCAGGCUGCAGGGCACCUCGCUGGUUUUUAACUUGGGGAGAAACACUGGUUUUGGCUUUCUCAACCGUAGCUUGAGUAAGACUGUUUACAAAAAAAAAAAAAAAAAAAAUUAACACGUAAUUGACAAAAAAAAAUUAAUUUCUGGGGAUUAUAAAAAUGGACAGUGAGAAUUCCAUUGGUCUGCCGAGAUGCAGGCAUUCGAUGGGGGCUCCACGAGGUUCCCCAAGGCUGGACAGGCCUCUCCUCCAUGAAGGCCGAGUGUGCUGGGCGGCGACGUCCGCACGUGCAAGCGCGGGGCUCAUCUGUAGUUCCUUCUGCUCAUGGGCGGAUUAGAUGAUAUUUGUGAUGGAAAAAUCAAGACCAUGUUAAUGAUCAUAAUAAAAGCUUUCCAGAGUCACAGAGAUGGGGGUAGGGGCUGGGAAAAAAACUA